AAUAAGUGGGAAUCAUAUCUUGGAUUGUUACAGGCUGAAUAUUCAGAAGGCGACGCCUUGGAUUCGUUGGGAUUAAAGAGAUAUUGUUGUAGACGUAUGUUACUUGCACAUGUGGAUUUGAUUGAAAAGUUGUUGAAUUAUGCACCCUUGGAAAAAUAAACAGAAAAUUUUCCUUUUGGUGAUUGUGUCAUUUUCGUUAUUUUGUAACAUUGAAGCAACAACUGAAACAGAGCAGGACAAGAAAUCUUCUGAGAUCAACAAAGAUAACGAAACGGUGUACAAGGAAACGUUUUUUCUUAAAGACAGAUUUAAUAUUGAUGAACUAAAUGUAACAUUUCCUCAAAAUGAGCUGAUAUACUUGGAUGGUGGUUCGUUUAUUAUGGGUUGUGAAAAUCCUCCGUUUCCUGCAGAUGGAGAGACACCACCGCGAACAGUUAUACUUUCGCCCUUCGCUAUUGAUAAAUAUGAAGUUAGUAAUGGGGAGUUUGCUGAAUUUGUGAAAGCCACAGACUAUGUAACGGAGGCUGAACAAUUUGGUAAUUCUUUUGUAAUGGAAUAUUUUGUUUCAAAAGAAGUAAACCAAGAAAUAACAGAAGCGGUUGCUAAUGCUAAGUGGUGGCUUCCAGUGGGUAAUGCGAAUUGGAAACAUCCAGAAGGAAGAGAUUCUAAUAUUACAGAUAGAAUGAACCACCCAGUAGUACAUGUGACAUGGAACGAUGCUGUUGCAUAUUGUCUAUGGAAAGGUAAAAGACUACCAACUGAAGCUGAGUGGGAGUUUGCUUGCAGAGGUGGAAAACAAAAUAGACUAUAUCCAUGGGGUAAUGAAUUCAAACCAAGAAAUGAAUACCGUGCUAACAUCUGGCAAGGAGAGUUUCCCAUCAGUAACAGUGCAGAGGAUGGAUGUGCUGCAACUUGUCCGGUAGAUACCUUUCAACAGAAUAUGUAUGGACUACACAACAUGGUUGGGAAUGUGUGGGAAUGGGUCGUUGAUUGGUGGACUGUCAAUCAUGACUAUAAACCAUCAUCAAAUCCUCACGGACCGUCGUCUGGAGAGGACAAAGUGAAGAAAGGUGGUUCAUUUAUGUGUUCAAAGGAAUUCUGUUAUCGCUAUCGUUGCUCCGCGAGAAGUAGUAACUCCGCUGAUAGCAGUGCUUCAAACUUGGGAUUUCGAUGUGCGAAAAGUGGCGAAAACGAAGAGAAGAAGAAAGAACCGAAAAAAGAGUUAUAAAAUUUCCGGCUUUUAUACGGUUUUUUUUUUUUUAUUAUUUUGAUAACUAUGAACUGUUGUUGUAUGGACGGUUGUUGUAUUUUUAGUCUUGUUUUUUAGACGUUUACUCUCCUAAACAAAAUUUUUUGUUGCUUAAAA